AUGGCUUUUCCAUCGCUCGCGCCCGCGCGCUCGGUCGCCCGCGCGCGCGCUUGGGCGCCGAGCGCGACGCCGAGGCGCGGCAUCGACGCCCGCGCCCGGGUCGGGGCGUCGCGCGCGCGCGCGAGGGCGUCGAACGACCUCAUCAGUGGUGCAUCGUUCGAUGACGUCGUGCUGCGCACGUGGGAGUCGCGCGCGGCCUUCUUCUGGCCGCGGUUCGCCCUGGAGUGCGCCCUCGUGGUCGCCCUCGCGGCAGCGCUGCCGUCGUCGAUCGGAGACGCGGUGCGAGGGGUGGAGGAUGGGACGCGGACGCUGGGAACGAACGCGGCGGCGCUCGCGGCGUGCGCGCUCGCGGCGAACGCGGAACGGAACAAACGAACGAAAGAUUUGAAGCGGUUGGCCAAGGAGCUGGCGUUGCAGAGGAUGGUGGUGAUUCAGAGGAAUAGAUUGUUCGAGGAGACGACUUUUACGUUGGGCGAGUUGAGGAACGUCGCGCGGGUGGCGGUGGUGUACGGAGACGCGGAAAAGGUUGAGCGGGAUUUGAUGCGCGCGACGCCGUACAGGCGCAGGUUGGAGCAGUCGCGGAUCUUGGUCGUUCCCGUGGUCGAGCGCGGGGAGUCCGGCGGGGGUGGCGGGGCGGUCGCGGACGUCGGACCGGGACGGUGGGAGUUGCUCAAGGAUGUCGUCGAGGCGUACCCGGGAGCCGGAGCGGGGAGGUGGCUCGCGUGGCCGACGAAGAACGACGAUUGGAGUGAAUACUUUCGCGAGCUCAUCAAGAGCGAGGAUGUGGCGAGAGGGGGGUAUUUGACGAUCAGUACGACGGGGUUGAUUCGAGGAAGCGGCGUCGGAUCGCCGGAUUGGAGCGUCCUGUUGUCCACCUUUCCGCGGAAUCGACCGGGUAACAAAGACGACGAAGAGGCGGAAAAGGCGUGGAAGCGAGCGACUCUGGAUUCAUCCGAGUCGCUCGAGACGAGAGGGACGGGCGCGGAGAUCGCUCGAGCCGGCGGACGCGGCGCGGUUUCGCAGACGAUACCGCGCGACGAUCCCUCUCUCAGCCCAAUCGUGGAACUUCACGAGAAAUUCUACAGAUCUCUCGGCACGGGCGACGACACGGGUAUGGCAGAAGUUUGGAGUAGCGCAAAGUCGAGUCGUUCGAGCGCUCUGAGCCCACUCGUGGAGAAAGGCGCGCGUCUCGAUGGGUGGGACGUCGUACUGCAGCCUGACCGACGACCUCAAGGAAUGAGAAUAGAUGAUCUCGACAUCACCAUAGAAAAGGGUGUCGCAACACUCACCGGUCUUGAGACGGUAGCUAACGGGGCUACUUUGUUGUGUACUCAAACCUUUGAGCGUGACGAUAACGCGGAGUGGAUGAUGACGAGCCACACGACGAUUCCGUACGGUGCAGAUACCGUCGCGAAAAUUGUCUUACGCUGCGACGCAAACGGCUGCAUCGCGGUGCCCGCGCGCGCUGUCGCUUCAGACAAAUAG